AUGUCAAGAUUCAAGUCGUCAUCGACGACAAGAACACUCCAACACCUUGUGCAUAGUAGCAGCAGCAGCAACAAGUCAAACGUUGCCGUUAGAAACUACUGUAACAACCACAAGGAGGAUGAUCAUGAAGAUGCUGUACAGAUCGAGAAGUUGACCAAGGAAGCAUUAAAGGAUGAUCGUUUCUUGGACCCACGUUUCUACAACGAGGUCGACAGUCAAUACAGUGCAGAGACCUUGAAAAAGUUCCACAAGCGUUUAGUUGACAGCAAGUUGCUCGACGUUGCCCACGGCAGAAGAUUGGCAUCGACAAUGGAAAUGUACGAGAAGUUGGAUCUGUUGGAGCCCGAAAAGACCAUGGACGAAGAGGCGUUGGACUCGGACCACUUGGCACGUGAAAGAGAACGUGUCUUUGAAAAGUUGCACAAGGACGCAACUUACACAGCUCACAUAAAGGGUAUCCAAGCCGAAAUGGAUAGACAAGGAGAAGAAGGAGAAGAAGGAGAAGAACAAGAAGGAGAAGAAGAAGGAGAAGAAGAAGAUCAAUUAAAAAAACUAGAACAAGAACAAGAUGAAGAUGAACUAGAAGAAAAGGACGGCGAAGAAGACGGUGAAGAAGCAGAGGAAUAUGAAUAUGAUGAAGAUGAAGAUUUGGAUGAAGAGGAUCAACAAACAAGACUGGAAUUGUUGACAGAUUUCUAUGGGGUUGACCCAGUGACUGGUAAGCGUAAUAUCCGUCCCAAGGAAUAUUUAGGAGAUGUCACACCAGAAGACCCCUCCAUACCAUUCAACCCUGCCAAACCAGAGAUGAUCAACGAAUAUACAGAGCUACACGUCGACGGCGAGGAAGACCUCGACCGAGACAGCCAAGAGUACAUCCACAUCCAGAACCUCAAACAGGCAGCAAUCAACAGAAACCAAGACUUGGAGGACAUCAUCAAGCAGGUCGAAGACUCGGAACACAUCCCCAGAGGCUUGUUUGCCCAACACUUUAGAGAGACUUGGAUCUCCAACGAGGAAGGCAGAGAACAGGCUUUGGAAGAGUACCUCAACGAGAAUAUGAACACCCCCGUCCAUGGCGAGGAGACAUUGGGCAUCUUGACACGUUUGCAGUUUGAAGCUGCUUUGGCGUCGGUCAAUGCACUCUACAAUGCACGUAUGGAGGUACUUGGUAUCAAGCCACCCGUCGUCCCCCGUCUCACUACCCACGAAUACGAGCCACUCAAGUACGUCGGCAAGAAUCGUUCUGCUAUCGGUCGCGAGCCACACUAUGUCGAGAAUAACGACACCUUUGACUAUUCGCAAAGCACCUCACCCAACACAACCGCCGCCGAACUCGAGGAGAUCGAGGCGUUCCAAGGUGUCGAUUUGCCCGCCGAUCCAGAGUUUGAUGCACAGUUUUCGCAAUGGAUGCGUGAGCGUUUCAUCUACAAGCACAAGAUCCUCAACCAAUUGGCCAUGGCCAAGACGUACGAGCAGAUCGAUAAUGACAAUGUCAGAGAGUCGCUGUCACGUAGCAUCAUCGAGCCCACCGAAGACGACCCUCUCGAGGUACCAAUGACCGACGCCGAGCUUGAAAAUGCCAUCCGUGACAUGGACGGCCGUGUCAUCCCCGAAGAACUACUCGACGACCGUGACCGUUACAACUACCUCUUGCGUAAAUACAAAAACCCCGCUGCAAUCGCCGCCAAGGAGGCCAAGGAACGUGAGCAGCGUCGUGCUGCCAUGGACACCAAGAAGCGUGAGAUUGACGGCUUCCUCGAGGGCAGUGCCAAGUUCCGUCGUGCCAUGUCCGAGGAAGAACGUUUGGAGACUCGUGACGACGUCGACCGUCUUCUCGGUGCCGACAUCAACAUCCAAAAGUACAAGGUCAACCCCAAACUCGAGCAAUUGCGUGAGAAGCACCGUCUCGAAGCCGUCAAGGAAAAAUCAUCACACGAAUACCUCCACCGUCAAAUCCACCGUAUGGAAAAGAACGGCCAACUCGGCAACGCUCCUCUCUACUCGGCCACCACUGGCAAGGAGGUCACUGGUAACCCCAAGUUCCCCAAGUGCCUUUUGUGCUACGACUUUGGCUGGCGUGUCGAGCCAUUGAACGUGCCACUCCUCAGCAUCUACAUGAACACCGAGGGUGACAUUUUACCACGUUACAUCACUGGCAACUGUUUGAAGCAUCAAAAGCGUUUGGCCCGCAAUAUCAAGGCCGCCAAGCAUCUCGGCUUUUUCAGCUACAAGUCUGGUACUUUUACAAUCUACGACCCCAACGUCGUCCCACCAACUCCAGCCGAAGAAAAAGAAUACCUCAAAUACUACAAGGGUGCCUACACUCCCAAAGAAUGGAUGGAUGGCGACACUCGUCUACAAUGGGAGGACGACGAAUCAAACGAAAGCCUCUAUGCCGAAAGCGAAGAGGAAAUCAUGUUACACAAGGAGGCUCUUAUGCUCGAUCUCGGUAUCUCUGAAGCAGAAGCCAAGGAAAUUUUAUCUGGUAAAUUAGAAAAUGAUGGAAAAGAACUUCUAGAAUCAACUUCUGAUUCUUUAGAUAAUCCAAUAAAUCAAUAA